GAAACAGACAACCUCAGCAGCUUCGCAACCGAUUUGACGAGCGAACCGUGGCACAAUGCAGUUAGCUAGCUAAGGAAUUAAAUGUGGUGUGAUCCAUGCGUUUAAACGUUUGAGAGGAGGUAAACACUUAUUUUAAAUCGUGCGAUAUCGAGAAGCUGUUUUGUUUUUUGUUUUUCGACUGGUUAAUGACCUAAAUGUAACUAGCUAACCUAGCUGGCUGACGUUAGCUAGCUAACUGCAUUGCAACCGAAGCAUGAGCUACUAGACAGGUACUCCAUAAUGUAACGCUGGUUAAACCGUUAACAUUUCCGUAAGACUGAGUAACUUUGUAGGUGUUACUGUUGAGGUUAGAGUGGGUAGACUGUCGUUGAGAGCAAGCGUCUUGUGAGUAGUUAAAAUCCACAGAAGGAUGACUUAGCGUCAGUAAGUCGGAAGAAAGUGACAGAGUUAGAGAGGCUCGGGUCAGAACAGCGCCGAUACAAGUGCGAAUGUCAGUAUUUACUUUGAUCCUGACAGUUUAGAAAGUGAACGGACUGUUGCAAAGUUAAUUUGAAAGUACAAGACAAAAGUGCAAGAUGAAAGUCAUGGAGAGAAAUGUGAUGCGUCUGGUGGCUGUGCAGCACCUCCGAACAGCGUACGGGAUAAAGACAAAGAACUGGAACAAAAACAAAGCAGCUAGCUGUAAGUCGACAACCAGCAACUCGACAAAGGUUUUCGGGGCAUCCCUGGAGACCUUACCAUACUAUAAUAUGGAAUGUGGCAGCGUGCCAAGCUUUCUGGUUGACGCAUGUAUGAUGCUGCUGGCACAUGUUGACACAGAGGGCCUGUUCAGAAAAUCAGGCUCUGUCGUUCGCCUGAAAGCACUCAGGGCAAAACUGGAUGCGGGCGAGGAGUGCUUGUCCACUGCGCUUCCGUGUGAUGUAGCUGGUCUGGUGAAGCAGUUCUUCAGGGAGCUGCCGGAACCCGUUCUACCCAUGGAGCUGCAGGAUGCCUUCCUCAAGGCCCAGCAGCUCCCCACCGAGGAAGAGAGGACCUCUGCCACCAUGCUGCUGUCUUGUGUACUGCCCGACAAAAACCUGAGUGCCCUACGGCACUUUUUCGACUUCCUCCAUAAUGUGUCAAUGAGGAGUGCAGAAAAUAAGAUGGAUAGCAGUAACCUGUCUGUGAUAUUGGCUCCCAACCUCCUUCACUCUGGAGAUGGCACAGAGAAGAUGAAUGCAAACACUGAGAAGCGCCUCAAGCUUCAGGCAGCUGUAGUACACCGUUUCAUAGAGAAUGCCCACAACUUUGGUGUGUUACCACAGUUCCUUCAAGCGAAGGUUCCAGCCAUGAUGGGCUGUGAGGCCGGGAUUCUGUCUCCUACUCACGAUGACUUUGAGGAGCUGGACUUAAACUCAGGGAUGAAAAGGAGGAACAGACGCAGCUUCGGAGAUAUGGUCAAUGGUGCUCUGAAUAAAAUAAAAACUAACAGAACACCCACACAUGCCACCCAGUCAGACAGUCUUGUCUUUUCUUCUGCAACUCCUGUGAUUGCAACACCGUCAUCCAAGCGAAAACUUCCCUUGGAAUCAGGUCACUCUUUUGGAUUCUCAAACAAGAAACGUAGAUCUGUCAAAAAGAACCUUGGGAUAGAUUUACUUCCCAAUGCAUUGUUCAGCGGAGUUUCCACUCCUGGAUCAGCUUAUAGUGCUUCAGGGGUCUUGGACUCUUCCCAAAAUGCCCCCUCCUCAGCUGGAAGGUCCAGACGACAGUCAGCUACCUCUGCAAGGAGGAAGAGUCGACGACUUAGUAACAGACAUGCUGUCAACAGAGUUGAAUCUGGAAAGGCUGGCUGCUUUUCUCCUAAAGUUGGCAAAAAAGAAGCACCACGCAAGUCACUGCGCUUGCGUUUUAGCCUGGGGAAGAGCAGCAAAGACGCUGGAUCUGAGUCCAUUGGCUGGCGACUUGCCACUCAGGAGAGCACCACCAGUUUUCGUUUCACCCAAGAGACAGAGUUCAGUCCAUCAGUUUUCCCUAGAAAAACUGAAAACAAGAGCACCAAGUACAUCAGUAAGUCUGAAGACAACCUGCUGACCCCUCAAUGUGACUCAAGCGCCCACCGGACUUCAUGGUGUGGAGAGACCCCUGUAGGAGCCCAGGCUUUCAGCGGAGGGUCCUUCACAGAUACACCCAUGAACAUGUGCCUGAAGGCCAACUACGUGUCUGAGCCAGCCAUCGUCAUAACCAAGCCCCCGGCUGUGAUCAGCCUUCCCAAGAAGCUGUGUUGUGCCUCCAGCGCUGAGAGCCUCGAGAGUGAGAGCUCCAUCGCUGAACCCCAGAGCCAAACUGGUCCCACCCUGCUGAAAAUCAAGAAGGCCUUCACAGAGUCAGGCAGCAACCUCCAGGCUGUCGUAGAGGACUCCUGCAGCUCCGCCGGAGCAAAUUUGAUAAAACCGUCAGACAGUGUCCCAGUGCUUCCACUGGGGACUCCUACAGCCAAAGUCCUGUCUGCGGACACUGAAGCCUCCAGCUUCCCAGCUCAGCAGAGCCUUCUGGUUAAUGAACAGAACAUUACCUUUGGGCAGAUUGAAAUCGCUGCUUUGUCUCCUUUGCAUAUUGAUAGUGUAGUAUUUGAAACUGGUGUGUUCUCUAGUCCAGCAGUAAAGGCUGAUAAAGGUUCUCUUAGUGCAGCUCCUGUCAGUAGCCCUAAUAGCUCCAUGGUAGGAGACAGUGAAAGUGAGGCAGAGCAGGUGAACUGCAGCAGGUUGAUUGAGGCGCUGGACAUCCAGAGUCCUGCUCACUUCAAACUGGGCGUCAUCUCUGGACUGCAGUCCACUCCUUACAAGCCAGGCCUUGAACACAGACAUGAGCUCGGUACACCUCCUAGAGUUGAUAUGGCAAUUAGAAUGGUACAAGAAAAAGAUGAAUUUUCCCCAGAGAUUGGUACCAAAGCCCAAAACCAACAACCCCUCUCGCCACAAAGCCUGGAGACUGAAAAGCGCCGGGUGGCAGACCACAUUCAACACUUCAACAAGCUCACCCUGCAUUCUCCCAGAGGCUCCAAGGCCAUACAAACCAGGUCACCUCUCAAGUUCCAGCGCACCCCUGUGCGUCAAACAGUCCGCAGGAUAAACUCCCUCCUGGGAGAGAGCAGGAGACCAACUAGAACUACAGAUCUCACCGCCUGCCAGAGCGGUCAAGUGGUGAAGGCGGUGAGCCUGGAGAGCGGCCUCUCCCCUCACCCACAACUGCAGCCUUACCCGGGGGAGCCACAAGUGGGACGGGCCAACAGCAUGCGUCCCACAAAGAAACCACCUCCAGUCCCACCCAAAAAGCCAAACACCUUGACCCGUAAACCCAAACCCUGUGCUUUAGGUGACGUGACCAAAAAGGUCCAACCAAAGACCAAAGUGGACUCUUGUGUCCCCGAUCCAUCAGGAGCUCAGAAGCCUCUUGUGCAUCAGGUUGCAGAGAAAGACAUGAACCAUUACAGAGGUUCACCCAGGAACCCUCUCAACCAGGUACGACUGCUGUCUGCUACCAAGCCUGUUGAUUUGUAGUUCAUAUUCUUUUUGCCUUCUCUGUUUCCUCUUAUUAUGCAGGCUUCUGUCUGGUAAAACUACAUGACAUUAAACAUUCCAACUUAUAUUAUCCAUAUUUUCAGGGUUUUAAUUUAUUUGUAGCUACUGUAGGUUCCGUUUGUGUUGUGUUAGGGCCUUAUUGGGAGAUAUUCAUAUGCCUUAUCUGUUUUACUUUAGUAAAACAACUUUAGAAACAAAAUAUUGACACAUAACAGCCUACAAGAUUACAUAUAUGUUAAGUAGCGUUUAGAUUGUAGUGUGCAGACCAAAUUAUGUGACGUGAUUGAUGGUAUGACUGGAAAUGUUUUGAUUGACUAUUAUGCUUUUAUUUAUGCAUUUUAUAUCUAAUCCAUAGGUAGAUGUGUAAGAAAACUGUUUACUGAAGCUGUAUUUUUUUAAUUACAGAAUAUUUUCUUACUAUUUUUGUCAAGAACAGAAAAAAUGCACCUUUUGUCAGAUUUUAUGAAAAAAAAAAAAGCCAAGCAGUAUUGAUCAAAUCAUCUGUCUAUUGCAGUCCCUUAAUUUCAAAACCAUCAAACAGUGAAAUGCUUUGCCAAUGUGAACUGCUUCAGACCAAUAAAAUCAAACAACACAUGA